AUGGAUGCGAUGAUCGCGGCUGGCCUUUUGAUGUGGCUGUUGUGUGUUGUACGCGAUGGAGCUGCUAUGGAAUCUGAUUCGGGACGAAACAACUGGGCAAUACUGGUGGAUACAUCACGGUACUGGUAUAAUUACCGUCAUGUAGCCAAUACACUGAGUAUGUAUUAUCAGAUAAAGAGGCUAGGUAUACCAGACUCCAACAUCAUACUAAUGCUAGCGGAAGAUGUCGCUUGCAACCCUCGGAACCCCGCACCUGGUUAUGUUUUUAACGACCCGGAUAAUCAUCUCAAUCUGUAUCCACCCGAGGUCGAGGUGGACUACCGCGGUGAUGAAGUGUCGACUGAGAAUUUCAUCCGUCUGCUCACUGGUAGACACACGGCGGAUACACCCAAGUCUAAGAGGCUUGAUACUGACGCCGAUAGCUAUGUGCUGGUCUAUAUCACAGGGCAUUCGGGUACGGACUUCGUGAAGUUCCAAGAUUGGGAGGAGAUGACGUCACAUGAUAUAGCCGAUGCUUUCCAGCAGAUGUUCAGCCAGAGGCGGUAUAAGAAGCUCCUAUGGCUUGCUGAUACGUGUCAUGCUGCUACUUUACAUGAUCGAUUCUAUUCGCCUAAUAUGCUCUGUCUGUCUAGUAGUGGUCCUGAUGAGAACAGCUACAGCUACCAUGCCGACUUGUCUCUGGGUGUUAAUGUGGUGGACAGGUUCACCUACUGGACAUCAAGAUUCCUCUCCGAUAGUGUGAAGGAUACCCGAAGUCAGCGCACGGUUCAAGACUUGGUUGACGCCUUACCGUGGAGCAAGCUUCACUCGCACGCUACGCUGAGGGAGGACCUAUACCCGUCGUCCGCUAGUGAAACCUUACUGACAGAAUUUCUAGCAGCAACAGACCAGUUUGUUUUCGUUGAUGAAUUCCAGAAUCUCACGAAGAAGGAGGGUGAGAAAAAAGUUUCACACGAAGUCUCUCGAGCGGCUGAGGUAGAGCAGCAAGGCGCUGGCGAUGAUGGUCAGAGAUAUGUGUAUUCGGGGUGGGUUGUGGAUCUCCCAGGCUCUAUGAGAGCUUUGUUGAGUGCUUUGGUCGUUCUCUGGGGAGCUGCAUCGUCGGCCGUCCUCCCCUGUGGUUUCGAGCCUAGUGUUCGUGGUCUCCUCUAA